UAUCUUUUCGUACAAAUUCUACCGUCUAAAACUUCGUAUCCUCAACAAAUUUGGACUUUUCUCAAUAAUUUGAAACAAUAAUAGAUAGCCUCACCUAACUAAUAUUUGUAAUCUCCUCGAGAAAUUAUAGCACACAAAUUCCACGAACCAAGUAGUUGAACUCCCACUAACAAACUUCUAAGCCCAAAAGCUGGCCAUCAAAUUACCAACCCAUUGACUCUCCUCUUAGUCGUCGUCCCCCCCAAAACACCCAAAUAUAUAUAUAUAUAUAUAUAAACAUCCCCUCCUCCACCCUCCAAAACACCCAACAGAAAACCGAAAUCCUCCCACCUUCAAACACCAACAAAAUCUCACAUACCAACAUCAGCCAACGUCAAAGCUCAUCGUUUCCCCACGAAGUCUGUCCAACAAAUGGCUUCAACCGGGCUCCGAUUCGCCCUAGUUAUGGUCGCCGUGGCACUGACGUACACCGCCGGCGUUGCUACAGCGCAGUCAUCGUCGGGCUGCACCACCGCCUUGAUCGGCCUGUCUCCAUGCCUGAACUACAUCUCGGGGAACACCUCCAGACCGUCGGGCUCCUGCUGCUCGCAGCUCGGCAGCGUCGUGUCGUCGCAGCCGCAGUGCCUGUGCCAGCUGGUCAACGGCGGCGGUUCGUCGCUCGGCAUCACCAUCAACCAGACCCGCGCUCUCGGCCUCCCCUCCGCUUGUAGGGUCCAGACCCCGCCCGUCAGCCGCUGCAAUGGAGGAAAUGCACCGUCGGGUUCGCCUGCGUCGGGAGGAGGGAGUCCACCGUCAGAUUCAUCCAACGGCAACCCCGGGACACCCGCCGGCGGGUCGACCCCAAACACGCCUUCAGACGACGGUGGUAAUUCUGAUAACACGGUCCCGACGACGAUUGGGACAUCCGGUGGCAGUAUUGCCGUCGGGAGGAAUAUGGAGCUGCAUGUGACGCUUUUCAUAGUGCUUGUUGCUUCAUCGUUUGCCUGGUUGUGAGGCUGGUUCUCUCAGGAAGGCUAGCUUUUGAAGGAUUAUGAAGAAAGGAUUUCUGUUUAAUUAUUUGCAUGCUGGACCUUGUGCCAUUUUUCUUACAAUAAUUAUCGAGUUUUUGGACUUACUAUCUGCGGAUUUUGUGUAUCAUUUUGAGUGUAUUAUUAAACGGUCCUGUAUGGAUUUUAUCAUUUCUUAUAGUUGCGUGGUGCAUAUAUGUAUCAGUAUUAUAUAAGCCGAAAUUCAUUCUUCGUUUCUUAAAUCGACUUCAUCAAGUGAUAUCGGUUCUAUUAAUUAGCGAAUUGUUCAUAUCGACGGAAAAAAAAAAAAAAAAAAGAGACGUGAUAUUUGACUUCCGUGACUUGAAUUUAAUAAACUACUUACUAAGAAAUAAUGAAGAGUUGUAGCCCCUAACAAAAGAAGAGGCAAUUUCUACCAAAAAGAGAGAAAAAAAAUAAGAGGCAAUUUAAUAAAUGGAUAAUGGAUAUUAUUACCCAAAAUGCUUUCGAAUUAUAGCUACUAAAAUUUGUAGAGGACAUAAGUUCGCGUGGCCUAAUGGAGAAGGCCCUCGCCUCCGGAGCGGGAGAUUGUGGGUUCGAGUCCCACCGUGAACGAGUUUCUUCUUUUUUCAAAGAAAAUUAUAGUAAUUGUUGGGGUGUUACUAGCAACGCCAAAUCGAGAAAGCUGGCGCACGUAGUGACGCUAAUAGUUGUUUUUUUAUAUAUAUUAGUGACGCUUAUCCGGGAGGUGGCGCCUAAUCGAGCGGUGAUGCUAAACCGAAGAAGCGCAACGUGCAUCGCCCCCUACAACUAUAUAAGUUCUUCCAAAUCCUCCAAGAAAUUGCUUUGGUGCCAUUGGCAUGGUUUUGUGUCCGACUACUAUAAUUUGUUUAUAUGGGUUUGUCGAGUAUUUAUAGGGCCGAGGUUUGCCGUGUUUGAUGGAUUUCCCUUUUCACAAAAAAAAAAUCUUACAAUUCAUGAAUAUUGUUAUAGGAUAUAUCGGGUCUGAAUAUUGUUAUUUAUGGUCAAAAUUAGACACAUGAUGCAUAUUACUUAAAGAAAUGCCGAAGAUCAAACUAAAGUUUCGAUGCUUUUCAUUUGUACUCAAAUAGACCUAUUUAAAUCGGAUCUAAAUUAAUUGAUUUAAAUCAUAUCCAACCCAAAAUUAAUAAGAAUGCCAUUAAUUCGGUGCAUCUCAGUCAAACCUAAUAAUUUUAUAAAUCAUGACAAUAUGAUCAAAUUACCUAAUAAAAUCCAUCCAUUACCAUUUAUGGGGCUAGUUCCUUGUACUAGUAGCAUGGUUGUCAAACCGGUUUCGUGCCGGCCGGUUCAACCGGGUACAAUCGGUACCGGUCACCAAACCGGCUGGAAAGAGGCCGGUAUUUAACUUUGGUCAGAUCUGGUCAAUGCCGGUCAAAUUCGGUCAAUUCCGGAAAUUCCGGCCGGUUAGACCAGAAACCGGAAUUCAAAUGUACACAUAUUUUAUCCAAAAAUAAACACCUUCGAUAGGAUUUGAACCAAGUACCUCAUGUUUAUUUUAGUAUCACUUAUACACCAGUAGGCUAUAAGCAAAUUUGUUGUACAUAUUAACCUUAUAUAUUAUAUAUCCAAUACUUAAUUUUACACAAAUCAUUAUAAACAUUAAUAAAAUUC